CUAAUUUCAGUGAUUUCUGUGAAUUUUUGUAGGUGACGUGAUCAGUUGAAUAGUGAGAAUCCAGUGUGCUUUAAAUAUUUUAUAUCGUUUUCAUAUUUUGUGCAGAUUUUAAAAUGUACAAUUGUCUGUCAUAUGAUGAACCACUGCAACAACAAUUACUUCCUUAUAUAAAUUUUACUCAAGAUAUUACAUACAUGGCUAAUUCAACAAACAAAUUUGUGUACGUGAAACAAGACUUUACUCAUCGUCCUACUGAGAUCGAACCUAUAAAAGUUCUAGUAAACCCUAAUUUUAAUAAAAAAGUCUUUGUUAAUCCAAACUUUAAUGGUAACAUAAAAAAACAGUCUACUUUACCUCCUAAAAUACAUAUUAAUCCUAAUGUACAGAAUUUGAAAUUGAGGAAUGACGAGUGUAAAAAUAACAAAAUACACAUAAACCCAAACAUAUUAAGAAAUGCUCCAGUUUCUAAAAACGACACAAUGGUAGAAGAAAACUACAAUAACAACCGAGGUCAAAAUUGUGGGAAAGAAGCCAAUUGUACAAUAAUUUCUACAAGAACAAAAUUGGUGCGGACAUCGGCUAAGAAUAUAUCUGAAACUAAAAUUAAAAAGCGCAGGUCAUCGAUCAGGUCACAAUUUAAAAUAAUUAAAUCUUCGUUACUGGAAAAAUCUAUGUCGCAUAAAAACAGAACCGGAUCAAAAUAUAAAUUAAUUAUUAAGUCAAACAACAAAUCUUGUCCUGUUUCAAAACCUGUAAAUAAGUCUAAGCUAGACAACAGGAGUGCUAAAAUAAUGGAUACGAGUCCUAGGAGCAAAAAAUAUGUUUAUAUUAACAGAUUCCUGAACAUUACUGACAUAGCAAGGAAUAAUCUUUUGAAACAGAAUAAAAACAAAUUAUCUACAAUAAACAUUGGAGGGAUUCUUUAUAAAAAAUCAGAAAAUGGUUUGAACAUCACAUUAAAUCCACAUAAGAAAAAUAAUAUGAGGAAAGUACAAGAUAAUGGAAUACGAAAAUCAAAAUAUAAAUUUAUGAGAAAAUCAUCAAUAACAAAUAGUCAGAUAUUAAAACAGUCUAAAUCUUCAAUGGUUGGAGUGAAAAUUGUUAUAAAGAAUACGUCCAAACUGCGGGUUUGUAAUAUACCAUGCCCCUAUUACAGGAAAUUUGGAAGAUGUAAAGGAAAAGAAAAUGGAAAAUGUUGUAGGAAACACGAUCCUGACCAAAUUGCUUUAUGUACAAAAUUUUUACAAGGAGCCUGUAUAGACAAUAAAUGCUUUUUGUCGCACAAUGUGUCUCCCGAAAAAAUGCCAACAUGCAAGUUUUACUUGGACGGCUCCUGCUCAAGAGAAGAUUGCCCAUACUUACAUGUCCGUAUUAACCCUAGAGCUGAUGUUUGUAGGGAUUUUUUGGAAGGGUUCUGUAAAAAAGCUGCUGAGUGUGAAAAACGCCAUCAGUUUCUCUGCCCAGAUUACGAGAAGAGUGGCAAUUGCCUAAAACAGAGAUGCCCCUAUCCUCAUGGGAAAAUGGUAAGAAAGUAUUCAGUAUUUAAUAAGAAUAAAUUUGCCAAGAAAUCUUCCAAUAACUGUACAACUACAGUCAGACUUGACAGUGCAGUAAAAGGUACAAAAUCUGAAAAUUUAAUUAGCGCUGAAAAUUGUGAGGGCAAUAUGAAAUCACGAUAUUAUAUUGGACAAAAUAAUUUGGAUAACGAAGGAAAACAAAUUGACUCGAAUCAGAGUGGCUCUGUUGAGAGAGAAAAUGAUCAAGAAAGUGGUGUAAAAAUUCGGCCAAAAUUAGGAAAAUUACCAUCUUUUAUAGCAUUUGAAAAUACAUAGCGAAUAUUUCUUGGCAAUAAAAUUAUUUUCAUAUUGUACUACGAAUUUGUGAUAUAA